UAUUGGCUGCCACAGGAGGCUGUGCCUCACAGAGCCUGACUGGUUUGACCCUCCAGGUCCUCAUGACUAUAAAAGCUGCCGGGUUCCCUCCACUGCAGGACUGCAGGGCGUAAACUCCAACAUGUGGACGCUCCUCCUUGUGUGCGGCCUGUUAGGGGUGUUGGGGACAGAGGACAUCCUCCCUGGGGACGCCCGGCAGCUUCAGACCCUACACUGCCCGCCCUGCGAGCAGAUACACUGCUCCUCCAAGCGGGCGCUGAGGCUCCAGUGCAGAGGUGGCGUCACGACGGGCGUCUGCGGCUGCUGCCCCGUCUGCGCCCGGAUGGAGGGGGAGACCUGCGGGGGGAACUGGGACUAUCUGGGGAAGUGUGACGAGGGGCUGGUGUGCAUUCAUCAGGCGCCAGCGGCUGAUAAACCAGGAGCAGAGAGGAAGGGGGUCUGUAAGGCAGUGAUUGAAAGCCUGAACCCAGAGAGCUGCAGCCCAGAAUGCACCAAGGAAUACUGCCAGGCCAACCCCGCUGCAAUCUGCUCUGCCAGGUUUGCAUCCCUUGAGAAGAAGGCAUGCCAGGGCUCCUGCCAGCACACCUCCUGCUCCAGCUGCCUCACGCUGAGGCGGCCUUCAUGCCCUCACAGCUGCGCGCCCUCCGAUUCGGCCUGCAUGCACCGCUUCGGCAGGUGUGUUCACAAUCACCUUAGAGGUCAUCCUGCCUGCAGCAGUGACAUACAGAAUAACGGCGAAGGGCGUUUAGUGUGUUUGGUGCCGGAUUGCUGACAGCCAAUCACGCGCCUGUAAGACCACCGCAGGAGGAGAUGAAUGAAACCAAAGGAGAAACUUCACAAGUUCAUGUAGCAAAAUAUAGGAAAAAAGGCAGCUAUCUUCCUAACAUCAAUACCUGGAGAAUAAAUGUGAUCUCAUUUUGAGAUGUAAAUUGUAAAUUGUAAAAUAACUUUGUUUACAUUUUUGCAAAAUAAACAUUUAAGUGAUAAUUGAGUGUCUGGGCCUUUUUUAAUGGUCAUCCUGUUUAGAUUUUAUAUACCUGAAUACUCAUUUGGAGUAAAAAAUGUUGAGAUAUGUCUGUUCUUAGCUUCACAGGCUCCAAAUGAAGGUCAUGAGAGAUAAGAAUGAGUCACACAGCUUCCUUUAAAGGCAUAAAGGGAAGAAAUCAUCCAUCAGUGAAAGAUAUAUUAACCUAACAAUGAACGGCCUUCAUGAACUCAAGUUUUUUUUCCUCCAAAAGUUCAAGUGUGAGAAAGUUCUUUAUGUGG